AUGGGGUGGAGCUGCCUUGUGACGGGAGCAGGAGGGUUUCUGGGUCAGAGGAUCGUUCGCCUGCUGAUGAAGGAGAGGGAGCUGGAGGAGAUCAGGGCCUUGGACAAGUUCUUCAGGCCGGAAUUGAAGGAGGAAUUCUCUAAGCUCCCAAGCAAGAUCAAGGUGGUGCUGCUGGAAGGGGACAUCCUGGAUGAGCUGUGCCUGAAAAGAGCCUGCCAGGACGUCUCGGCCGUCAUCCAUACCGCCAGCAUCAUUGACAUCAUGAAUACCACUCGCAGAGAGACCAUAAUGGACGUCAAUCUGAAAGGUACGCAGCUCCUGUUGGAGGCCUGUGUCCAGGCGAGUGUGCCCGUCUUCAUCCACACCAGCACCCUGGAGGUAGCCGGGCCCAACUCCUACACAGAGAUCAUCCAGGACGGCCACGAAGACCUGCAGCUCGAAAACACAUGGUUCGCGCCGUACCCAUACAGCAAGAUGCUUGCCGAGAAGGCCGUGCUGGCGGCUAAUGGGCAGACUCUUAAACAAGGCGGCACGUUGUCUACAUGCGCCUUAAGGCCCAUGUAUAUCUACGGGGAAGGAAGUCCAUUCCUCGCUACCCUUAUUAGGGAGGCCCUGGACAACAACGGGGUCCUGACAAGCAACGGCAGGUACUCCGUAGCCAACCCAGUCUACGUGGGCAACGUGGCCUGGGCCCACAUUCUAGCCUUGAGGGCCCUGCGGGACGCCAAGAAGGCGCCAAGCGUCCGAGGACAGUUCUACUACAUCUCCGACGACACCCCUCACCAGAGCUACGACAGCUUCAACUGCACCCUGUGCCAAGAGUGGGGCUUCUGCCCUGAUUACAGACUGCACCUGCCUUUAUCGCUGACGUACUGGAUUGCCUUCCUGCUGGAGGCGGUGAGCUUUCUGCUGAGUCCGGUUUACAAGUAUGCACCCCCCUUCAACCGCCACCUGGUGACGCUGGCGAAUAGCACCUUCACCUUCUCCUACAAGAAAGCUCAGCGAGAUCUGGGGUACGAGCCGCUCUUCAGCUGGGAGGAAGCCAAGCGGAGCACCAUCCAGUGGAUGCGUUCCCUGGUGCGCCAGCACCCGGAGACCCUGAAGACAAAGACUCAGUGA